AUGUCAGACGCCGGCCGCAAGAACUUUUCCGAUAAAGUCAGUGAGACUCUUACCCCCGACAAUGAGAAGUCGCUCGGCCAGAAGGCCAAGGAGGGAAUCACCGACGCUUACGACAGUGCCGCUUCCAAGCUUGAGCCCGAGUCCCAGAAGUCUGUUGGCCAGAAGGCUGGUGAUGUCGCUUCCGACAUGAAGAAGGACACCAAGAAUGCUGGUCAGUCCGUUGGCGAUUCUGCCAAGGACGAUGGCGAGUCUUUCCUCCAGCAGGCUGAGGACGCCGCUAAGAACGCUUUGAACACUGCUGGCGAGUACGUCAACUCUGCUUCUGAGUACAUUCAGGGAAAGCAGUAA